UUACGGCUGUCAGACUCAACGAAAGUUGUGGAAUGGUGGACAUAGAAAAAUUAUAGUGAAAUUCGUUUGUAUUUUGUGGAAAAACCCUGAGUGAAAAUUAAUUUUAAGUAUGUUUAAUGUGUUUUGCGUGCACUAGAGUUAGCAAUUUGGCGAGGAGGAAGGAAAAGAAAAUGCAAAAAUCUCACACCUUGUCGGAAAACUCCGUCUAUUUGAGCAUAUUUUGAGCUUCCUGGGACUGUGGUGUGUGCAAAAAAGGCCAUUGUGACAUUGGCUGCAAAGUUGAAUCGUGAAAUUCUGCUUUGUUUUUUUCUCCUUUAAUUUCAUUUUAAAGAUUUUUUUUUGGGGAGGGACAAAGGCCCACAGUGAAAAGUGUGUGAGAAAAUUGUGAAAAAUUAUUUAAAAAAGGAGAAUUUGUGUGGAGAAAAAUGUCCAGCGAAGAAGAUAAACCUCCGGCUCCACCAGUUCGAUUGACAAGCAAUAGGGAUCGUGGAGAUGGAGUUCCACCAGUUGAGCGUCCACUUCCCAAAGAGCCUGAAGAUGCUGAUAGGAAGAAAAAGACGCUCAAGAGCAAAAUUAAAGGUUCCAAGACAUCUCACACGGACUCCAAGCCAAAUAUUUCCUAUCCAACAAAUUUUGAACAUACUGUCCACGUGGGAUUCGAUGCCAUCACGGGAGAAUUCACGGGAAUGCCUGAGGCAUGGGCGAGACUCCUUAUGAAUUCGAAUAUCAGCAAGCAGGAGCAGAAGAAUAAUCCUCAGGCAGUCCUAGAUGUGCUCAAUUGGUUCGAUAACAGCAGUAAACAACGUCCCAGCUCUAAGUACAUGACAAAUGCAACAACAACACAUUCAGCAUCAUCACUAGGGUCAUCAUUGAGUCGUGUGAGCAGCAGUAGUCCCAGUAGUACACCAACGGACUCUGAGUCACAUGGUGGACCACAGGUGAUACAAUACAAUACACAUCAUCAUCUUCCAGCUCACGUUCCCAGCCUCAUACCGAUGCCACCGCAGUCGCACCUUUCGAGCGACCAGGAGGAUGUGGCACCACCAAUUGCCAGUCGUCCUGAGCGUACUAAAUCCAUCUACACGAGGCCUAUUGAGAAUACACCGACAAGUAUAACGCCCCCAAUAUCAGUCCAUCUCAGUCCGACAGUGAAGAGUCCCACGUUGGACAGGAACAAGAAUAAUGCCACAAUUGGCGUAACGACAAAUGCCAACAACAGCAGCACGCCUACAACAAACAAUUCCAUGUCUCCGGUGCAGCAGGCGGCCCCUCAGGUGCCCACCAUUGGCACAACGUCUCCCCAGCAGACACCCAAUGACGUCACCACGGGCUCCAGGGGCACGGUGAAGAAGAAGAAGAUGACAGAUGAGGAGAUUCUGGAGAAGUUGCGCACAAUUGUCAGUGUGGGUGAUCCCAAUAGGAAGUACACGAAGAUGGAGAAGAUUGGGCAGGGAGCCUCGGGAACUGUGUACACGGCCAUCGAGAGCUCCACGGGCAUGGAGGUGGCCAUCAAACAGAUGAACCUCAGUCAGCAGCCCAAGAAGGAGUUAAUCAUCAAUGAGAUUCUGGUGAUGCGAGAGAAUAAGCAUCCCAAUGUUGUCAAUUAUUUGGACAGCUACCUUGUGAACGAGGAACUGUGGGUGGUGAUGGAAUACCUCCCGGGCGGCUCACUGACCGACGUCGUCACGGAGACGUGCAUGGAUGAGGGACAAAUAGCUGCGGUGUGUCGAGAAGUGCUGCAAGCCCUGGAAUUCCUGCACAGCAAUCAAGUGAUACACAGAGACAUCAAGAGUGACAAUAUCCUGCUUGGCCUCGAUGGAAGUGUCAAGCUUACGGACUUUGGUUUCUGCGCCCAGAUCUCCCCUGAACAGUCCAAACGUACAACCAUGGUGGGCACUCCGUACUGGAUGGCACCCGAAGUUGUCACGAGAAAACAAUACGGACCCAAGGUGGACUUGUGGUCACUGGGAAUAAUGGCAAUAGAAAUGAUUGAGGGAGAGCCACCGUAUCUCAAUGAGAAUCCUCUGAGGGCUCUGUACUUGAUUGCAACCAAUGGGAAGCCGGAUAUCAAGGAGAAGGACAAACUGAGUACAGUAUUCCAAGACUUUCUCGAUCAGUGUCUAGAAGUGGAAGUAGAUCGUCGAGCGAGCGCCUUCGAACUACUAAAACAUCCGUUCCUGAAAUUAGCACGUCCACUGGCAAGUCUGACGCCUCUGAUUAUGGCGGCAAAGGAGGCAGCCAAAGGACACUAAAUCCCGUAUAAUAAUGAGAGUGCAAAAGAGCGAGAACAACAAGUCUAACUAAUAGGAAAGUGUGAGUAGAAAGUUGAAGAAAAUCAUACGUAGAGAAGCAUAUUUAAUCAAUUUUGCAAGUAUUUAUUGUUUUUUUUUUAAAUAAUUGAACUGUAUGAACGAAAAUUGUAUUAAUUGUGUAACAAUAAUUUAUUGAAACGGAGAGAUUUUAAGCAAAAAAAAAAGGGAUGAAGAAGAAGCUGAUAAAAAACAAUGACUGCUGAAACGUGUAGAAGUGAACAAAAUAUUUUACGAAAAAAAUUGAUAAUAUUCUUAUUGUAAUCAAAUAAUUAUAAUGUAUAAAUUUUUUCCGUCUCAAUUUCUGAGGCAUAACAACUUUAUUUCAGAGUCAAACAAUUUUAUUCGCAACUUUAGUGGAUUUAGA